AUGGAAGGCUGGAACAAACUCUCUGCCAGCAUCGGCCAGCUCAACCUCGGCCAAAGCGCGAGCAAAUUCACAAAGGGAUUCAACUCGAGCGUUCAGGCUACCCGCGAGCGUCUUGGGCAGGUCUCGGCGGAUGAGAUCACUGAACUCCCGCAGGAAUACAAGGAUCUCGAAGCGCGUGUCGAUGCUCUGCGCCAGGCGCACGUCUUCUUGCUCAAAGUCGGCAAGGUUUACGAGAACGAGGCGUACGACUACCCUACUCAGGUAAACGAGACCGUUGCUGAGCUCGGCACCACCAUCGGCGCCGGCAUCACCAACUUUGCUGCCGCCAACCUCAAGGGCACGAACCUGCCCGCACCGAACCCGACUGCGCCGCCUCCCAAGCAGCACAAGACUCUCCCACAUGCGCUCGGUCGUGCUGCUACCCAGGCCGCUCAGCACAUCCAGGGUGUUGCUGGCCCUGAAGACCGCCUCGGACGUGCGCUCGCCGAGUACGCCGGCGCUUGGGAUAAGAUUGCGGCAGCACGUGUCGAGCAGGACGCCUCGAUCGUCCAUGGUUUCACCCACCCGUGGCAGCAGACCCUCAACAACUCCAUCAAGCUCGCUAUGAACGCUCGCGGUGCCGUGCGUGCCAGCCGUCUCGAACUCGACGCGGCCAAGCAGACCCUCAAGAACGCCGGCCCGGCGAAGCAGGAGCAGGCACGUCUUGAAGUUGAGAACGCGGAGGAUGAUCUUGUCCAGAAGACUGAGGUCGCGAUCACCAUGAUGAAGGCUGUUCUCGACAACCCCGAGCCCGUCAAGAACAUCAAUGAGCUUGUCAAGGCCCAGCUGAACUACUUCGCUGCUGCCGCCGAUGCUCUUAACACCGUUCAGGGCGAAGUCGAGGAACUCGCAGUUGCCGCGGAGGGCGAAUACAGGAAGUCUCGCGACCACUGA